UGAAUUUAUACAAAGACAACUGACACUGCUGAGUGCUGUUUUGUCAAAUUAAAAUUGUGUUUGUUGUGUUGUGCUUCUGCCUUUCUGCCUGCAUCACAAACAUUUAAUUUAUCUACUUAGACACAACAUAUGCCUAUACUUCGGUGCGACCAUAGUACAAUAAUAUACUACGCUUGUUUUUAGACCAUGGGUGCGGCAAAUUAUGUCAUUUAAGGAUAAUAUCAAUCAGCGAUAAAUUCGUAAGUGAUAAAAAUGCAGUGUGCAACAAUAUAAUCAUUAAUUAUUAGCAUUAGUGAACUGCAAUCUUACUAACCAUGGAAACCGAAGUAGUAUCAUCGUUUUUUACAAGUUCUUCUGGAGAAUCCAGUUCCGAAGACAUCAGUGAUAAGUUUUUACAUUUAGUAGAUGAAUUAAAUUUAUCUCUUGAACAGUUUCAAAUGCCUGAAAGAGUAAAAGCGGUUUAUAAUCCCACCAUUUACGCUAGAGAACCACUUGAAAUGUAUGUGCGUAAAUAUUGCAACACACCGAAACCUAUUAUAUUCUUUGGUAUGAAUCCAGGACCUUUUGGAAUGUCUCAAACUGGAGUACCAUUUGGUGAAAUAAAGGCAGUUCGAGAUUGGCUUGGCAUUACUGGAUCAGUGGGGAAACCACCAGUUGAAGUAAAACGUCGUGAAGUUUUGGGCUUUGAAUGCAAGAGAUCUGAAAAACCUGAGGUACAAGAAUUAUACAGAAUUUGUGACCGUGUAUUUCACAAAGUGCUUGAAUUGUAUGAAGUUGAGAUUAUUGUUGCCAUUGGAAAAUUCUGUGAAACUAGAGCUAAGGAAACUUUAAAUACAUUCUCUCUUUCAAAACCUAUUAAGAUUCUGUACAUGCAACACCCAAGCCCCAGAGUACGAAAUAACAACAACUGGAUAGAGAAAAACAUACUCUUUUUUAAAGAAAAUAAUCUCCUUCAGUAUUACAAGCAGCCUUCAGUAUAAAUAAAAUUACAAGACUUGUGAUAUUAAAUUAGAAUUAAUAAAUAUAUUGCUAGAGCUGCACACUUUUCAAAAUAUGGUUGAUUUUAUGAAGAGAGCCCUUGAAUUAGCAUCAGAAGCUUUAUCAGCUCAAGAAGUACCUGUUGGUUGUGUUUUUGUUAUAAAUUCCGAGAUUAUUGCAGAGUCUAGAAAUAUUGUCAAUGCCACACACAAUCCGACACGACAUGCAGAAAUUAAUUGUAUUGAUUCUGUUAUAGAACAUUGUAAAACUAAUAAUAUAGACUACAUGUCAUAUUUUCAAAAUGUAACUGUUUAUGUAACUGUAGAACCUUGUAUUAUGUGUGCAGCUGCUCUUAGUAAUUUAAUGGUAAAAGAAGUUGUAUAUGGUUGCGCCAAUGACAGAUUUGGUGGUAAAACUGUAUUAGAUAUAAGUAAUUUUUAUGAAUAUAAUUAUAAUUUGGUUGGGAAUCUAAUGGCAAAUGAGGCCAUGGCUUUACUGAAACAGUUUUAUAAAGGUGCUAAUCCCAAUGCUCCAGAGUCUAAAGUGAAAAAAGAUAAAACUUUAACUAUAAAUUAAUAUUUAUUAAGGAAAGUAUGUUCAUAUUUAUUAAUCACAGGACUUUUAACACAUUUAUUUAGUUUUCAUUGUGAAAAACUUGCCAACAUGUUUAGAAUUUUUGAUUAAUUUUAUUAAUAGUUUAGAUAGAUGGUAAGAUUUCUAUUGAUUAGAAAUGAUAAUUUGUGCAAUGAAACAAAAUAAACUAUCAUUUAAAAAGAGUUGUUUUAAUUAAAUGGAUGAUGUCCAUAAAAAUAUGGGACAGGUAAAUAAGAGUACACAUUAUACUUCUGACAUAAUAACUGUAAUUAAUGGCGCAGGCGCAGACACGAUAGGGAUCGUGUUAAAAUAUAAGUAUAGGUCUCAUAAAUUAUAUAAAUCUAUUUCUACAAAGUACCUGACAUGUUCAAAUUUGGUUUAAAACACAAAAAGACACCCAUACACAUAACAAAUCCAACAAUGUCCAUAAAAUAUACUUAAGAAUAUAUAAUUAUACAAAAUAAAUGAUUACUCACUACAACAUUUUUACUUACAACUAGCUUAUUAUUAUAUCCCACUGUAUAAAACAUAAAAGUGAGAUCUUAUUGGAAAUAAAAACAAUUUAUUACAAUAUAUUACUACUGAUAAAAUAUCCACAAGGAUAUCACAGAAUAAUUUCACUAAAUCUAAAUUGAGAUCUCACAUUUACAUUCCCACAGUGUUUUACAGGAAAGAAUGCUUGAGGACUUUUGUACAGUAGGGUGCUAAGUAUAACAUAAUAGUAUAACAAGCAUGUCACUAAAUGCAUGUAUUUAUAAUCACACAUUUAUCCGCAAGAAGUAAACUUGUCCACUGUCGAAUAGAAAUAAAAGCAGAGUAAAGAUAUUCAAAUACUGCCCAACAAAUUUUACAGCACUUAAAAAAAUUACCUACAGACUAGGUACUUAAAACUUAAUACAACUGAUUUAAUCAUUUGAAUCAUGACAACCAUUAACCAAUGGGUAUGGGGCCCCUGACCUUCAGUCUCUUCAUUUUGGCCAUUAACAUGAACACAAUUUUCAUUAUUCAAAUUGUCUUCAACUAAAUAUUCUUCACCAACUGGGUCAGCAAUGGGGCUUGUACUCCCACUAGAGCUGCUGUCACUAUCUGAUGAGGAUGAACUAUCACUUUCAGAGUCUGCACUUGAUGAAUCCUGAGAAUGUUGUCUUAAAUGUUCAACUUCAAGUCUCAACUUCUCAUUGUCUAUCUGUAGUGAACGAAUUUGCUCUUCCUGUUCCUUCAGGCGCAACAUUAAGUCGCUAAAAGAUUGAUCUUCUACCACACUGGACCCAACAGAAGUGCCUGAAGUGUCCCUGUCAGUUAACAUACUAUCCCUGUCUGUAACUGAAGUAUCCCUAUCAUUUGCUGUCAUGUCUUUGUCUUCUUCAAUGCACUUCGCUUUAGAACGUUCAGUUCUUUUUACGAGAUUAUCAUAUUUCGCUUCCAAAAAGAGAUACUCUUGAACGAGAUCAUCUUUUGACAUAUUCGAUAAACGUUCACUUUGAGCAUCUUCAUAUACACUUGAAAAUUCCUUUGUCAAAUAUUCCUCUUCGUCUUCGGGUAAAGAAAAGAAAUAAUUAUCUUCAGAGUCCACACUAAAACUUGAAUCGCGAGUCCUUGCUGACGGUGUUCGUAACAGUUGGAAAGAAUUUUCUGGUUCGGGUUUAUGUAUUUCCAUUAAGAAUUGGUUGUUAUUAAAAGGUGCGUGGGUUUUUGCCAUCACAAUUUUCCUGAAUCUGUUAUUUCUUUUAGAUUUUUCAUUUUUACGCCGAUCCUGCCAAGGUAUUUUCGAAAAAGGUUUCAUGAUUUUACGUUUAGAUUUCCCGCGCCGCCGUUUUUUCUUAAGUCCUUCAAGUUGUUUCGGUACGUCCACAGUAGAUGGCGCAUCUACUUCGCCUGGUCGCGUCUGAUCGCCAUCUUUUAUAGCGAUAAUAUUAUUUCCGUCCAUUUGAGACAAAACAGCACAGUUAUUUAGAAUUAAAACUUACUUUUUAUAUGAAAACAUAAAUAAUCGCACUGAUAUUACAACUUUAACACCACUAUGACUAUAUGAAAUCCUGAUAAAAGUACAUUGUUCCACGGAGCACUGCACUGAGGACGCAAUCCGCCAUCUUUAUUUAUUUAUUCAUUCAUUGUUACAUUUUACUACCACUAGCUAGAUAGGUGACGCAGUUAGGGUUGCCUAAUCUUAUGUAAUUUUUAACAUGAC